CUCCCCCCGCCCCUGACACUUGUGGUUUUUGCUGCAGCUCAGAUAACCUGAGGGACGUGAAACUUGGCUGACAUUUCUGAGAAAGACAACUGAGUUACAUGAAGCCAAGUUGAAUACAUGUCUACACAAUGAAGAAUGAGUUGUCAAGACUUUCCACAAUACCUCAUGGAAACUCUGAAACGCCGGAGUUCUCUACAUAAAUACGUUUUUGUGUUUAUGUUCCUUACAGCAGUCAGCAAAGGGUCAGCAUGUGAGGCUCUUUCCAGUCCUGAGUGCUUCAGAAGAACGGCUAAUGAGACUGUUUACAUGUGUGAAUGGAGCAUGAAUACGACUGAGAGCAAUGUAACAUUUGACGUUUACAUUGGUAAAGAAAAAUUUAGGAACAUUAAGCAGACCUGGUCUCACUUCACUGAGGAGCGGGUUAUCCAAUGUCGUCCUGUUGACAUUUGGGUGGAAGCUCGCACAGGAAACUCCAGCUGCACGUCGCCCAGGAGGUCUGUUGUACUCAGGAACACAGUUAAGUAUGCAGCACCACAAAAUAUUUCCAUGUCCUGGUUGAAAAACAGCCUCAGCCUAAGAUGGAGGGCUGAAGAGAAGCAUCCAGCUUUAGCCGAGAUCCAGUUCCGACAAAAUGACGACCCCGCAGAAUCAUGGGAAAAAAGAACAACAAAUACCACCAGUGACACUUUUACAUACUAUGCCAUUGUGGUGAAUCUGUUGAAGGAUUCAGCUUACAAGGUUCAAAUCAGACAACGGUCCACUCAGGCCCGAAACCCACUGUGGAGCGACUGGUCAGAUGUGAUUGUUCCUGCAGAGCUUGAACAAAAACCUGAAGUCACCAUGGCAACAAUGCUUUUAAAUGGCACUCGAAAGGUGACGUUAACGUGGAAGCCGAUGCCACAUGCAGCUGCAGUCAGUGGAGUGAAUUACAGCCUGACCGACACACAGUCUCCUCAUGGAUGUCAUUGUCAGAAAAACAGAUAUCCCAAAAUCACACCUGAAAAUAUACACACCACUUAUGUCUCGUUAUCUGCCAUCAACAUCUCUGUUAUCGCCACAAACGUAGCAGGGUAUUCUCCACCAGCAAUCGUAGAAGUUCCAGCCGAACUUUCUGCAGAUUUAAAAAUUUGUGACGAAACGUUACUGAAUAAAACAUUAAAUAGGAAAACUUGCCUUGAGUUGUAUGAGCUUCAAGAUGGGGAUUCCGUGCCAAAAUAUGUGAUCACAUUAACGGGAAGGAAGAAGAAAAAGGGAGCGGAGCAAAUAAGAAGGAACCUAAAGGACUACGUUCGUUACCUUUACUUUGAACACAGAUGUAAUGGUGGCAAACCACAGACAGUUAAAAUGUGCAUCUUUUAUGAGAAGGAGGGUGCUCCACGCAGAGCACCUCAGGACUUAAUUUCUUUUAGUGAAACACACACUUCUGUUACCUUGUCUUGGAAAGCGAUUCCCUUUGCAGACCAGCAAGGUUACCUCACACGCUACGUCCUCUGCAGCGUGAAAAUCAGCUCACAGGAUGUGUGGAAAGAGUGCUUUAAUAUAUCCACGUCACUGGUAACAUACCGUCUGGAAAACUUGUCACCGGGUGCGAAAUACAACAUCAGCCUGGUUGGAGUAACACAAGUGGGAGAAGGACCUGAAGCCACAGUGACGAUCAACACGCUGCCAGAGAGGCCUGUGAAUGUGUGGUGGAGUCUCGGCUUGCUGUUUCUGUUCUUUUUCAUCACAACAAUGUGCACCUGUAUCUAUAAGAGAAUCAAAAGCAAGAUCCUCCCUCCUGUGCCGACACCAUUUAUUCCAGAUUUCAUCCCCUAUCAACCAGAGAGUCAGUGUGACCUACAGCAGGAGUUACUGGAGAGAAAGGAGGAGGUGCAUGAGCUGACGCUCCACCAGCUGAGCCCGGAGGGCAAGUCUGUCCCUGAGGACGCAGAGGAGACAGAUGUCUUCACAGGAGAGUGGGAUAACGGCGUUGACGAGGACAUGGAGAACAAGAGGGGUGAUUCAAGGAUGUCAGGAGGAUCCAGUGAUCAGUCUUUAGAUCCCAGUUCUACAGAUGAGGCACUUAGGAGCUCCAGAGAAGGAGAAAUGAUGGAUCUCGAACAAGUGGAUAACGAGAUCGCCAUGCUGAUAUACAGGAAUGGUUUGGUCUUUGAUGUAAAGAUGGACUCGCCUUAAUCCCUAUCUCUCUUGGCAACGGGACCAGAUUUUGGUAUCAGAAGAGUUUCUGUUUUCUGUUUGUAGUCCAAGUAGUGUUGACCAAUCAUGUUUAAGUGGGCUUUGGCUAAACAGAGGAGGGCAAAGAGGCAGUUAAUAUAUGGUGUUUUUGGACAGUGACAUUACUUACAGGCUUUGUCAACACAUGUUAUCAAUAAACCUUGUUCUAACUGUGUAAAGCAAAUGCUGGUUUUACUUUUACAGUUUUUACCAUAGAUGUUUCCAGAAAAAGUUAAUCUCAAGAUUUGAUAAAUUGACAUGAAAUCUCAUCUAGACAUUCUAUGAUCCCCUAAAGAUGAAUCCUAAUGACGUAAGUUAUGCUCUGACUUUUCCGUUUGUGCCCCCAACAGGUCAAGUUUUCACUUACCCUGUGAAGUAUUUUGAUAUCUACUUGAUAGCUUUGCACAACAUUUUGUACAGACAUUCAUGGUCCCCAGAAGAUAAAUCUUAAUGAAUUUGAUGAUCCCUUGACAUGUAUUUGUACAUAUGUGCGUAUGUAUUUACGUGAAUAUUUUAUCCUAUAGCACUUUGUAACUCUGUUUUAAAAAGUGCUCUAUAAGUUAAGUUAUUAUUGUUGUUAUUAUUUAUUGCAUAGCGCCACCAGCAGGUACACAUUUUUGAUUGAGCGGGAACUAUCUCUUUUCAUCUAGCGCCAUCAUGAACUCAAACUGUCUAUAUGUCCAGUAGUGUAGGACUGGACUUCCUAUUUACUAAGGUGCCAUUAGCUGGCUAGAAUUGCCCCCACACGCCUCUCACAGACCAUUUCACUAUGUGUGAAAGACUUUUUUUUUUUAACAGCUCCAUGCACCAAUAUGCACUCGCGCAAAUAUUUGUUAACUGCUAUAUUAAUGUUCUGAAGAGUACAGAUAGGUUAACUUUUUUUAUUUUAUUAUAACACGAGUUUCUGACCAUGACUGCAAAGAUCAUAAACUCAUUUUGGACUUCAGCUUUUAACAAUUUACAAUGUUACAAUAAACCUUACAGACUCAGAGAGCUGUAGACUCUUGGUCUUUUCAGCAGCUACAUCUAGAUCAAACUUCAAGAAACUCAAUAAAAAAGUGUAUAUUUUUUUUAGUUUUUGUUUUACAACAGCAAUGUGGUAAUAAAAUAUUAGCUUUUCUGUAAAGAGUCAGGUCCAUUGUUUUUCAGUGUAAAAUGAAACCAAAGACUGCAAAAAACAUAGCACCAUUGUGUGUGAUGGCUUGGCAGCACCACUGUGAGUUUGAAAAGGGUUUGAACUUAUGACAGGAAGUGGUCACAAAAAACCCAGUGACCUUAAAAAAAGGUAGCUCAUGCAAGGUGAAGCGGUAGAUUACGCAUUACUACUUUCUGUGGUGUUUCGAGCUAACUUGUUCAAACUAGAACAUGUCAUGUUGAUUUAUGAGAAGUGAUUAGCCUUUUCCACCACAC